UGUUUCCAACAGCAGUGAAAGCAGCAUUAUCAUUGGCUGCAUUACCAUUGGCUGCGUGAGUUGUGUUUGGCCCGGCAAGGACAUACAGGGCUGGAAUGACAUUUGUGUGAGUUAGCUAAGUAAUGCUAACUAGCUUGUUACUAGCCUUAACCUACCCGUCAUUGCCGUACAAAACGUCUCCUGGAGGAGCAUUGCAUCUAGCAGGACUUCAGCGGGUUUUCGUCUGUAAAAGGUUUGUGGAGGUGGAAAACCUGCUGCUGUAGUUGGGAGUCGUCCACAGUCAUAAGGUCCUAAGAACACGGUGUGUGUGUCUUUGCGGCGUCCUGUGUGUUGCGGGUGAUGCCUAGCUUGUGACUGGGGUUGCCUCGGCCCCUGUGGUGAAUGGCUGUGAGCAGAGGGGGCAUCGCCUUCUGGGUGGGUUGUGUCCGCAGCCAUGGCAGAAGGCAACCCAUCACAAAACAGAGCUGGACUCUCAGCCAGGCCUUCGACUGGUUGUGGAUCCGUCAGACACGGCCCCUGACCAGUGCAUCAUGGGCCCUGGCGCCGCCCAACAGCCUGAGAUAUCAGAACAAUAAGCAGCCGGUGCUGUCCCACCCGUUCCACAAUGCCAGCCAGCCUCAGAGAGGGGGUUACUACGAAGAGGACUGGGAGGAGGCUCUCAGUGUGUGUGUGCUUGUGCGACCGGGCGAGUCGGACGGCCUCCACACCCUGCUGGAGAUCCCUCUGUUUGGUCACAAUAAACUAGGAGAGCUCCUCGCUCUGGGGGCUCACAAGUCCUCUGAGUUCUCCUUUUCCCUAACCACGGUGGAUGGCAGCAGGGAGGAUGACAUCAGCAUGGACAGCUUCAGGAGAAACGGUGUUGAUGCUGUAGAGAGAGAACAUGGCUGUUUCAGAAGCCUGUUUGAAGCGGAGAAGUGUCCUGCACCGUUCAUGUACGGCUCUCAGUUUUAUUGUUUUCAUUGCCCGGGCACAGAGCCGGUACCUGGCAGUGGGCUGAAAUCGAACCAGGAUAUUGGACUUGACAACAAGCCUGUGGAGCUGCCUCUUCUGCAUCCUACCACUCUGUGUAGCCUUACAGGGGGGGGGCACACUGAAGGAGACAGUGAAGGAGAGGAGAAACUGGCCACGAUGUAUGAAAGACUGAGGAUAGAGCUUCCCAGUUUCUUUAUAAAGAACCACGAUUACACCAUGUACUCGAGCGAUAUGGAAUUCAUCAAUGGCCUCUUGAAUACCAAGACCAGAGGCCGUGUGCUGUACCAGCUCACCCUCUCCCUGUGGCGCCUGCUGUGUCUUUGUUACUACGCCGAGGCUCGGCUGGAGGUGCUGAAGCUCACCAAGCACAUGGAGGACGGGACCAUCAAGGCUCGCUGGAGGAUCAGAGGCCUUCCCGUCCACUCUCUGCUGCUGCGCUUCUAUCGCAAAGACAAGACUCACCUUUACAGGUCAUAUGAUGCAUUCUCUACUUUUUACAUCGGGCAAGAUGGACUCAUUCAUUGUCAUAAAGUUGAAAAGGUGAUGCCCGCUCAGCCCCCUGUCCUUCCCGGAGUAACCUCCCUCCUGGCGGGGGCUCUGGUGGCUCUGGGGGUGCAGGAGCAUCGACCUGCUCUCAACCUGCUGCCCCUCCUCCUGUCCUCGCUUCGACAGAGCAGAAACUGACCCCAGGAUGACCAUUAGAGGAAUAACGGCCGGUGGAAUCAACAGAGUGUGACUCUGAAAAGCUUUGUUCAUUUUCAACAUAGGAACAUUAACAUGGAAGGUUCGUUUUUUUAAUUCUAAAGUCUCGUGUAGUUGCUUCUGAAUUAAAACACAAAGUCAAGACCUUCCACUGCUUUUCCUUUAUCUAAAUGUAGUUUUAGCUGUUGUUGGUUAACUUGAACACAGGCUCCCGGUGUCACAGGGCUGUCGUCUCUGCCAGUCAGGUGUAAUUUUUCCAACUUUCCCACACAAAUGAAAAAAAUCUGAACAUGAGACAAAAUCAUUUCUAAAUAGAAUGUGAAACUCAGUUUUUCUGUUUUUAAGCUGAAUAUUAAACUGAUCAACUCUGCAGAUCAGAACACUGUGAUCAGACUCCACGUGAGGGAACAUGAGUAACUUUGUAGCGCAGCGCUAACCUCUGCCGUAGCAUCACACAUCUCACGUGCUGCAGCCAUGUGCAGCUGCCAGUGAAGUCACUUCACUCUUCCUCCUCUAUAAGGAGUAGUUCAACAUUUUGGCAAAUAAGAUGAGAAGGUGGAUGUCGAUUCUAUAUCUGUGUGUUCAAGGGAAAUGACCGUACUUUUCAACCUGGGUCCUAUUGUCAUAACGGUGUCUACUCUUAUGCUAACUUUACCCUGGUUGUAGAGAGUCAGGACAUAAAUCUACAAAGCUUCAAACUUCAGCUCAAGAUAAAUAGAUAACACUGAUUUCCCAAUUUGAUAUGAUUUGAUUCGAUAUGAAUAUGAACAACAGCAGUUCUGCUUGGAUAUGAAUGCUGUAAAUUGUUCCUUUAACCUGGUGCAUUAUUAGAAAUAUUAAUGUUUACAUUAAGAAUGAACACAAAGCAGUUACAUUAAUGCAGUUUAGACACACCUCAAGAAAUGUAAGUAAUGUGUGUUGCUAACGCAGUGCAACAGCAACAUAGUGUAUGAACAAUUACACAUGGCGGCUUCUAUCGGCUUCUUUUUGCACAUCUUGCAUAAGGCCAGGAACACACUGGCUGCGUGGCGGCUGCAGGACAUCUUGGCGCUCACGUUAACGGGUUAGUGUUUGUGUGCACAAUAAACUAACGAGCUACAACAUGCUAAUCAUUCUUAGAGAUGUUUGCUGUGUUUUGAACUGUGAACAGAUCCAGGCUAGGUCUGUCCCCUGCUGCUAGUCUUUACGCUAAGCUAGGCUAACCGCGUCCUGGCUCCAGCUACGUACGUGACAUGCAGACAUCAGAUUGAUAUCCAUCUUUUUAUGAACUAUUUUUCAGUAUCACAGUGGCUUCAUGUGGAGGAGUGAUUUUCAACCUGAGCUUGGUCCCAGGACACCUGGGGGGUUUCUGACUUCAUCAUUAACAUCAAUAUCUCUUUUGUGAUGUAUUCUUUAUGUCAUGCGAUGUUUUGAGAAUCGGCUCAUUUUCAGUUCCUAGCUGUGGGUUCUGCCUGGGUCUGGGUCUGGGUCCGGGUCCAAGCACACUUAUGGUAUAGUUGAAUAAAAUAAGACUCGCUGUGAUCUGGGCCUCUCAACACUCAAUCAUGACUUGAACUUUAACUCGAUGGGGAGAUUUUCUGGUGGGAAGUGUUGUUGACGUGAUCCUGCUGAUCAAAGAGGUUAUUUUGGUUAAGUGAAGCCUAUUUGUGUAAAUCACAGGUGAUGUGCGUGAUGGCAGCCUUGUGUCUUUGCUGGAACCUCUGGUUCACUACAUUUCACUAAAUACGCUCAGAGAGGGAGACACACUGAUAACACUUAGAUUAUAGAUGUUCAAAUCAGACUUUGUCACACACACACACACACUGACACUGUACAGAUCAUAUGCUAUUAAAUCACUAACGCAACAGAAAAAAAGAACAAUUUUUGAAUAAUAAUAAAAGGUUGCAGACUUAAGAUUUUUACCUGUUCCACUUCGUCCUGGCUGCAGCCCGCUGCCUCCCUGAUCUAUGUCUUAGUAAUGUUGAAGCAAUGAAUCUUUCCUGGAAGGUAUUCAUGGUGCUGCCCUCAUUUGUUCACAUGAAAAGUGACAGAAGUGUGGCCACACUCAUGCUUCGUCCACACUACUACGUUUGAGUUUUAAAACUUGUCUCUUUUCCUACAUUUACUCCGGAGUUUUCCAUCUCCUAAAACAGAGACUUUCAGAAACUCUGUCGGCCCCAUUUUAUUUUGAAAACUCUGGGGUUGUGUUUUAUUUUGAAAAUUCUGAGUUUGUGUUGUAUCUGCACGGACAGAAACUGAGACCUUUGGAAACGGUGACGUCACACCCACAGUCUCUCCUGAUUGGCUCUCAUCAGCCUGGACUAGCUGUGGUGAAUACUGAAUACUGUGGUGAAUGAUAAUGAAUUACAUUGUUACUGACCGUGUUGUCUUUGCUAGCAGCUGCUGUUCACUUAACAUUCUCUAUUUUAAUGCUACAACUGUCUUCUGAGCAGCUACAUCUUCACGGCAGAUUGGAGGCUACAGUGAGUCGCUAUCAGAAAGUGACCAGAUGGGCCUGGGCUAGCUGGUUAGCAUGCUAACUUCAGUAGAAGAAAAGAUGUGAUAGAGACGAGUUAACAUUGGUGUUUGUAUCCACCUCUGGGGACAGCUGUUGAAAGGAAUAGAAAGGAAUGAAGUUUGAUGCUGAACUCACAACAUUUCUUCCAGACUGGUAAGUAAACAGCUGCUAAUGCUAACAUUAGCUUUGUAGCAGUAGCAAAACUUACAUACAGCUACUUCUGUCACAAGCCAGUGCAGUACCAUGAAUGUCUUUGAGGGGAGGAAGUGCAACGUUAUCCCCGUUUCUGUUCGUCUUGCCUGCCCUUACAGGAUUUUCUUACACACUUAUGAAAUCUCUCCAACCUUUUUCGCCUUCUCAUGGUCGAUGUGUCUGUCAGUGUUGCGAAGCUGUGAAGUUCAUAUAAGAGCCUCGCAAAUCAUCAAAUCAUCAAAAAAAGUUGAAAAUACUUGGGUUGCCCUUGUUUGUGUGAAACCCAUAGGUUCCUAAGGAUGAUCAUCUUUAAAAAAAUAUAUAUAUAUAUAUAGACUGAAAAAAGGCUCAGUAGUUUCUUGCUUACUGUAGUUUUUGACAAACGUUCGGCUCAGAAGUACAAUGCACUCACUGAGCACUUUACUAGGGACACCUGUACACCUGCGUAUUAUUAGAAUUAUCCAGUCACAUGGCAGCAGUUUAAUGUAUAACCUCCUGCAGAUCCAGGUGAGGAGCUGCAGUUAAUGAGGAGAAACAUGAUCUCAGUGACUUUGACAGUGACAUGAUUGUUGGUCUGAGUGUUUCUCAAACUGCUGAUCUCCUGGAUUUUCACACUCAGUCUCUAGAGUUUUUACUCGGAGUGGAGCAACAACAAAAGCAUCCAGUGAGCAGCAGCUCUGUGUCGAUGUGAGAGGUCAGAGGAGAAUGGACAGACUGGUUGGAGCUGACCGAAAGACUACGGUCACUCAGAUAACCACUCUUUACAACUCUGCUGAGCAGAACGCUUCAGAGUGACAAACACAUCCAACCAACAACAGCUUGAGUGCUAGCACUACACACAACUAUCACACAGUGGUUGUGGGAUUUAAAAAAAAAACCUAAAAUCAAUCCAAGUACAGUAACAGCAGUGUAUUCAACUGUAACUUUAAAAAUAAAAAGUGAGUCUUCAAAGAUUGGGCAAACACUUUUGGUCGUGUUGGUGUUCAUAAAGCUCAAUAUACAUGUUAGCAGGGUCAUAAUGGAGUACGAGCCAAAUGUCACUGUCCAAUCUCACAACAAAAUUGUUUCAUAAAUUAAUGAAAGGCAACAGUAAAGAAACGUCUAUAUUCAGGUCAUUGCACUGGAAAUUCAUCAGCUCCUCAUCUGAGACGACUAAUGCUUUUUUUUAAUGUCAGCAAAAACUUGUCAGGUGCCACACUGGCUGCUUAGCUCUGUGCAACAUGAAUGAACACAUGAAUACAUGGUUAUAGACUAAAGUGUGAUGAAAGCCUCCAGCUGUUCCUUUAAAAAAAAAAAAAAAAAAAAAAAGCUCUGACCUGUACUAAAUGCAUCCAUGUUUGUCAUCACUGCUAAACGCAAAGAUGUCCGUAUAGGAACAGUUUCUCUUGAACUUUGACUUGGUUGUGAAGUUGUGCCUAAAUGAGUUGGUGUAUAUACUCAAGGUGGGGGCUCAAGCAUUUGCUGUGACUUCGCUGUAAAGUUUCACACUGCUUGAAAAUAUUUAGUGCUUCUCCAAACCGAGCAAUAAAGCAUGCUGUAACAGUAGCUGUGGUACAUCAGGGAUCGGACAUGCUCUGGUGUGUAUUUAUCAGUCAUGCCUGUGUUAGAAACAUGACUCGUCGGGUUCUGUGUUGCUUAAUUCCCGUAUGUACUUCUGCAAUAACUCCUGUGUGAAUCCUGAUUGUGUGAAUAAACAAUCCCAUGAUGAAUAAAGAUCA